AUGCUGUCUAAUAGUACUGAAUUGAGCAUUUGGGUACUGGUUGGCUUCACUGCCAUCCUCACAAUAUUCUUCAACCUUUACAUCCUACUGAUGAGUCUCCACGGCUACAGGCAGAAUGGGCACUGGUUGCCCUGUGAGACCAUCAUUUCAGCACUGUCACUGACCAACAUCCUUCACCAGAUCAUUUCCUACAUCUGGAUGACCAUGGAGGAACUGGACAGGAACUGCCUGCUGAAGGAGCAAUCCUUCUCCGUAAUUUUGGUGAUAGUCUUCAGCCUCAAAUUCUCCAUCAUCUGGAUCACCGCGUUCCUGACCUUCUUCUACAGCACAAAACUAGUGAUUGAGCCCAUCCACUGCUACACAAAGAUCCAGGAGGCUUUCCUUAAGCACGUAGGCACCGUGGUCAUCGCCAUCCCUGUUUGUGGAUUCAUUACCUGCAUGCCUCUGAUAACCGUACUCAGCCCUUUAAACAAAACCAUCGAAAAUGAAUUCUGCAGCUCAAUCAUUCCGGUCGGGUUAAAUGGAACCAUCUAUGUAAUUUACUACUUCCUGAUUUCCGACGUCAUCCCUGGACUGCUAAUGCUCAAGAGCAGCAUCUCCAUCAGCGUCCACCUGGCCAUCCACCUGCAUCACAUGAAGACCAGCAAUAAUGGCUUUCACACCCCCAAGCUGGGCUCUGAGAUGCGAGUGAUUCACAUGAACCUUGGUCUGGUGGUGGUGUUCCUCUGCUUCCUGCUGGUGGACCUCUACGUGUACUACAUGAGUAUUGCCAAGAUGGAGAACGUCAUGAUGCUGUCCAUCCUGUUCUCUUCCAUCUAUACUGCCGUCAGCUCUCUGCUGCUCAUUUAUGGCAAAAAGACCUUCUGGAAGGGUCUUCUCCAUUUGCACAACCUAUUCAUCGAUGAGUAUCCUUGUCUGGAGUGCCUGAAGGUACCAGAGAACAAGGCCAAAGAGAAGACAACUCCAGGACACUAG